CGUCCUAUGUUUUUUAUGUUUGUCAGAUUUAUCGGCUUGCUGAGUGCUACAUUAUUUUGUAAAUUUCAGCAUUGUUUUGACCUCGUAAAUCAAGUAGAAAUUUAAUUUCAACUAUACCAUGAUGUCUGCUGCACAAAAGCGUCCGUCGGACGCCUUGGUACCUAUUCAACAAAAGAAAUCUCGAACCGAUUUAGUUGGCUACACCGCGAAAGAUAAACAACUUAUGGAGCUGCAGAAUGUUGAACGAACAUCUACGCUGCUAGCUCCAAUUAUGCUACUCGAGGGUCACGGAGGAGAAAUCUUUUCCACAGAAUUCCACCCAGAAGGUGAACACUUAGUUUCGGCAGGAUUUGAUCGGCAAAUAUUUCUAUGGAACUUUCACGGCGAGUGCGAGAAUGUUGGGAUUAUGUCGGGACACUCGGGUUCGAUUAUGGAGGUUCAUUUUUCACCGGAUGGAGGAAGUAUUUACAGCUGCAGCACCGACAAGUUUGUUGCAGUUUGGGAUGUUCCUACAUGCACUAGGGUUCGGAAAAUGAAAGGUCAUUCACAUUUUGUCAAUAGUUGUAGUGGUGCGAGGCGUGGACCAACGUUAAUUGCGUCUGGCUCGGAUGAUUCUACUAUUCGGAUUUGGGAUGCCAGAAAGAAAAGUGGUAUUCACAGUUUUGAUAACCGAUUUCAGGUGACAGCAGUAUGUUUCAAUGAUACUGCCGAGCAGGUUAUAUCCGGUGGAAUUGAUAACGAGAUCAAGAUUUGGGAUAUUCGUAAAAAAGAAGUAAUAUAUCGAUUGAGAGGCCACACCGAUACUGUCACUGGACUUGCAUUAUCGCCAGAUGGAUCAUACCUACUUAGUAAUUCGAUGGACAAUACGCUAAGAAUUUGGGACGUUAGGCCUUAUGCUCCAGCCGAAAGAUGUGUGAAAGUUUUCAACGGACAUCAGCACAAUUUCGAAAAGAAUUUACUACGUUGUGCUUGGUCUCCGGAUGGAUCAAAAAUAAGCUCCGGUUCAUCUGAUAGAUUUGUGUACAUAUGGGAUACAACAUCACGACGAAUUCUUUACAAACUCCCUGGCCAUAACGGUAGCGUGAACGACGUUGAUUUUCAUCCAACGGAGCCAGUUGUCGUUUCAGCUUCCAGUGAUAAAACAUUGUACCUGGGAGAAAUCGAUGGCUAAUGCUUUCUUUACAUUGAAAUACAAGGGUAAUACGAA